AUGAGUUUAACGUAUGAACGCAGAUUGAUCUCGCGCGAGAGAAUCCGCUUCGCAAUUUCGGUCGACGAGAGUGUGCAGAACGAUGAAUUGUUUAUACAGAUUAUAUUAUACAUUUUUUCUACAUAUGUGGUAACGACGUUGCGUAUCGUACGGGAGAGAAAGAAAGAGAGAGAGAGAGAGAGAGAGAGAGAGAGAGAGAGAGAGCGAGAGAGAAAGACGAUAGUAAAUAAUAAACGUAAAUAACGCGAGAGAGAAGACAUGUGUCCGAUGCCGGAUUCGGGAUCGAAAAUGGCUGAGGAGCCGGAUUACUCGAUAUUCGAGAAUAAAACCGGCCUGGCCGAGGACAUGAAGUUUCUGGCAAGUAUGCCGGAACUUUGUGACGUGACAUUCCUCGUCGGCGCCACCAGAGAGCCCGUUUGCGCCGUAAAAGCUGUACUCGCGGCCAGAAGCAGAAAGUUUCACAGAAUGCUUUAUCAAACCGAAGAGAGUCCGCAGCGCAAGAAAGAUCCGCCGACGCGAGAAAACAAAAUUCGACUGUUUCUCAAGCGCAGUUCCGAGCCGCUGUUGAAUCUGCAGAACACGGCACACCAGCCGCAAACGAACGAGCACCACACGCUGAUCAUCGAGGAAUUCGAGCCCGACGUCUUCCGCCAGUUGAUCGAGUACAUUCACACUGGAUGUGUGACACUGCAGCCUAGGACUUUGCUUGGUGUAAUGGUAGCCGCUGAUCAGUACGGAUUAGCUCAACUUAAGCACGCUUGUAUUGGCUUUAUUCAAUGCUGCGUAACUGUUGAUACGGUCUGCGCUUUGUUAGCAUCGGCGAACCGUUAUAUGCAGUAUAAAUUAACGAAAGUUAUAAGUAAGAAGAUACUGGAAUUCGUCGACGAGCACGGCAACGAGGUGUUGAAUCUGGGAUCUUUCACGUUGCUGCCCCAAGACGUUAUUCUGUUGAUUCUUCGCCGAGACGAACUGCGCGCGGACGAAUUUACCAAGUUUCAAGCUGUACUAAUGUGGAGCAAAAAGCACUGCGAUAACAAUCCUCAUCAAGACCUCAAAGACGUGAUAAGCAUCUUCAUCCAGUACAUCCAGUUCCACAAGAUCCCGGCCACCGUGCUGAUGCAGGAGGUGAAUCCGUUGGGGCUGGUUCCGCCGGAGAUAAUCAUGAACGCGCUAGCUUAUCAGGCAGAUCCAACCAGCGUCGACCCCACAAAACUCUCCCCCCAAGGAAUGAGGAGACGGGGUCGCAGCAUGUCGGUCCAGUCGUCUCUGGAUCCGUACGGCAGCUACACGACCUGGAGCACGUCGAACGAUUCCGACGAAGGGUCGGAUCAGAAGCAACAUUCUGUUUCGGACCAGCCUCGGCGAGCCGAGGACAUUUGCGCCGUCGUCGACGAGAAAACGACGGACGACGCGCGGGACAAGGAGCAGAAGGAGCAGAGAGUGCGGUCGCAGGGACAGCAGGAGCCGGAACAUGUGAUUCAGGUUCACGUUCACGCGGAUCAGGAGCCGCAACAACAGCAUCAGGAAACGCAACCGGAGCAGGAACAAAAGCGCGAAGAAUCGACGCAACGAAAGGAACCGGGCCAUCUGCAGCAGCAAGUACGUCAGAAGAUAGAAAAGGACAGGGAGCAACGGAAGCUUCAGCAGGAGCAGCAGCAGCAGCAGCGUAGACUGGAGCAGGAGGAGCAGUUGCGACGUAAGAUCGAGCAGGAAGGACAGCGACGUAAGCAGGAACAAGAGGAGGCAGCUCUGCAGCGGAAGCUGGAGCAAGAAGAACAGCAACGAAAAUUGGAAGAGGCGGAACAAAAGUUUCAACGACAACAAUUGGAAAAAGAGAAGGAAAAACUGAGAGAGGCGGAGAAACAGCAAGAAAUCACGCGGAAAUCUGAAGGAGCAGAGCGGAAGAAGGAAGACGAAAAAGAAGAAGAAACGCGUCCGUCGAGAGACGAGCAGCGAGAGCAAGAAGCGAAAGACGAGCAGCAGAAAGCGGACGAGCAACAACAGGCGGAUGUACAACCGCGAGAGGAAAGCGAGAAGAAACAACCAAGCGAGCGGGAUGAAGAGACACAGUCCGAAAAGGAGCAGCGGAAGCUCCUCCUGGAGCAAACGCAACGGGAAGAGGAAAAAUUGCCGCGAUCGAGAGAGAGACAAUCGGAACAAUUCGUAGAAUUGCAACAACAACAACAACAAUCGGCAACUCGACCGGAGGGAAUAAGCGGAUUUUACAUCAGAAUAAUGUUCCGACACGAGGGCCGCAGAAAUUUGGUUUGGUUAUACAAAACGCACAUAUUCUAAAAUAAAAAAAAAAAGAUAUUAUUUGUGUCAUCAAUCUCUCGUCUCGCGCUUCCGUCUGCAGAUUCGGCCGCGACCAACUCGCGGCUUUAUACGGCUCUACGUCUUUAUAUCCAUCCAUGUUGAGAUAAAUAUAUCGAAGACAAACAGAAUCAUUACACUUGAUCGCGCGAAACGGUGUUGCGCAUUGCUGUAUUUGAUAACGCGC